AACGAGCAUUUUAUGAUCUGACGAACCUAAAUAACCCAGUCGGAUUCGUUGAAAGUAUAUUUGUCGACAUCUUUGAUAGUACAAGAAGGCAGCAUCAUAGUUGCAAGCGUUACCCUGGUGGAGGUCAUACAUUAAAACGCGAAGACGCCAAAUCAGAAAAAAGUCAGGAUGUCUGGAGAGCUGUCCCGUGACAUAAACAUCAAGGAGCCACGAUGGGACCAGGGCAGCUUUAUGGGACGUGCCAAGCACUUCUUCAUGAUCACAGAUCCCAGGAACAUCUUGUUGUCUUCUGAAACUCUGGAAGAGGCCAGAGUGAUUGUGCACAACUAUAGGGCAGGGAUUGUGAAGCCUGGCCUCACGGAGGAUGAACUCUGGAGAGCAAAGUACAUCUAUGAUUCUGCUUUUCAUCCGGACACCGGGGAGAAAAUGUUUGUGAUUGGUCGAAUGUCUGCACAGGUGCCAAUGAAUAUGUCAAUCACUGGCUGCAUGCUCACCUUCUACAGGACUACGCCGGCAGUGGUGUUUUGGCAGUGGGUGAACCAGUCCUUUAAUGCUGUGGUCAACUACACCAACCGCAGUGGAGAUGCCCCCAUCACCGUGAAUCAACUGGGCGCAGCCUAUGUCAGUGCUACGACUGGAGCUGUCGUCACUGCUCUGGGGCUCAAGUCUCUCACUACGCGACUCCCUGCAAUCAUCAGCCGGUUUGUCCCUUUUGCUGCUGUGGCUGCUGCAAACUGUAUCAACAUCCCCUUCAUGAGACAGAGGGAGUUGAAGUAUGGUAUCCCUGUGACGGAUGAAAAUGGAAACCGGUUAGGAGAAUCUGCCAACGCUGCCAAGCAGGCCAUCGUGCAGGUGGUGAUAUCAAGGAUCGGCAUGGCGAUGCCAGCCAUGGCUAUUCCACCUGUUAUAAUGGAUUCUCUAGAAAAGAGAGCAUUUCUGAAGCGGUUCCCUGUCCUAAAUGCUCCAAUCCAGGUUGGACUCGUUGGUCUGUGCCUGGUAUUUGCGACUCCAUUGUGCUGCGCCCUGUUUCCUCAGAAGAGUUCUAUGAGUGUGACCAGGCUGGAAGCAGAUCUGCAGGAGAGGAUACGACAGACCAGUCCACAGAUCACCACUGUUUUCUUCAACAAGGGCCUAUAGAACCAGCUAACACACACACACACACAGAGUACUGUGCGCACAAGUGGGUUGUCAAACAACUAUUUAUGCAUAUUUGUUUUGUGUCUAGGUUUAUGUUUUAAUUGGCUGCUCCAAAUGUAACAAUGGAAGGUGUUGACUAUU